GGGUCAGAGUGGAACUAGAACAAAGUGCUUUUGUUCUUUUAGCAGUGAUCUGACACGAGUCAGACUGAAGACGGGCUGAAACAGAACGCGCCUUAAAUAGAUCCCCGCCGGUUUCAGGGUUCUUUGUGGAGAUUCAGUGAAAAUGACAGUGUGAGGGAGCGUUUUCUGGAGGGUUUUAUGUGUUUCAGAGCCGUUAAAAAGCUUUUAGAGUUGUUCAAAGUUUCUACAUUCAAUACAGAAAUAGUCUGGUUCAAAAGUCCACAAAGUAAUGUCGUGGGGGGCCAAGCUGAAGAAGGCAUUCUCGUCGCAAUAAGAGCAGCUGCUGAGCUGAUUCCUUUUCAAAGCCAAUGCAAUCAUCAGGACCUCAUGUUAUUGGUAGAUUAACACAUGUAGGUGUUUAUUCCCGGAAGAGGCGUGAAAGAGACUCGCGGAGGUUUGUCCGUGACCACAACCGUCACCAUGACCUGAACCGCCGUUAGCGUCAAAUGUGGAACCCUCCUGAGUUCCCUGUCUCUGAGGAAGGCCUUGCCCUGUGUCCUGAUGCAGGCUGAAGCCCCGUCAUGUCUGAGCUGGAAGCCUCGGGGGCGGGGGAGCCCCCUCCCUACAUCAUCUUCGUGGUGGUCUUCUUCUUCUUCGUCACCGGGCUGUUGGGCUUCCUGGUCUGCCACCUGCUGAAGAAGAAAGGCUACCGCUGCAGGGCCGGGGACAUGGAGGACGAGGAGGAGGAGGCGGAGAAGCUGGGGGGUGACGACGAUGAAUAUGAAGAGAACCAGGAUACAGUGGAGCAGAUCCUCAAAUGCAUCAUCGAAAAUGAGGCUAACAUGGAAGCCUUCAACGAGAUGUUGGGAAACCGUAACCUGUGUGUCCGCCAUGACCCCAGGUUGCGUAAGGAUUCUAUUGCUGGGAUUCCCCCCCACCACCACACAGUGCACUCGGGCAUGGACCACAACACCUGCCACCUCUGUGCCCAAAUCCGAACCAAGAAGGGCCGCAGACCCAGCAGGACGCCUCGCUUCAAGCAGCGUCCCGGGGAGCAGACCGUCUUUGCUGUUGGCAGGUUCCGGGUGACACACACAGACAAGAAGCCCCAAGGGAGUCCGAAUCCACUGGCCAUUUCAGGGGAUCAGCUGGACCAAUCCCAGGAUAGUGAGGACCGGAAAGAGGGCGGGUACAACCUGAGAAGCAUGUUCAAGGACGUUCGGCCACCUUCAGAAAACGCCAAUGGAGUGGCCCCCAGCGCCGGGAAACGGAGGAAGAGCCUGACCAUGUUUGGGCUCAGGCGAGGAAGUGACCCUGUCGGUGUUAAGGUCAUCGAGGGGUCAGGCAGGGAGACGGGAGGACUGAAAUUUGCUGUCCAGCAGCCGCCCGUAGUGCUGGAGGAACCGCUGCAGACUCAUGAAAUGCCUGCUUCCAAACCUAAAAGUGAGACUCUGCCAGGAAAAAUGAGUCAGCGUGACGCCAAAACCCCAGAUCCUGUUAAUUCUCCGUCUUCCCAAGUAAGAGAACAGGCCCGUGAUUCUAGCUCUGGUCCUGAGGAAACUGCCAAAGUGGGGUCAAGAAUUAUGAUUCCAGCUUCCACUUCUAGCACAGCAGGGUCUGCUCCGAGUUCUCUUCCCAUUCUGUCAGGGAAGAGAAUCGAUGUGGGUGAUAGAGUGUUAAAUCCUGAGGGGGCGUAUGAUCCUGGACCACUACAGACCUCCACACCCAUUGCUCCCAUGCCAGAAUCCAUUCCGGGCGUCGCUCCUUUCAUCCCUGCAGGUCAGCCUGAUUCCUUCUCCAGUGCAGGUUUCCCCGUUACUCAGACUCCCCCCGACCCGAGCACCAGUCCUCAUCGAGAACCAGGAGCUGAUCUAGUUUUGAUCAGCCUUGGUUCAUCGCCCCCGUCUUCCUUCCCGAGCAAGACCCUAUCUUCCGUUUCUUCAUUGAGAAGUCCUACCUCACCACUGAUGGAAACGCCAAGCCCCAAACUGUCAGCGAGUCCACAGAUGUCCCACCGGUCCCUCGUUUCACCAUCAAUCUCCAGACAGACGGAGCAAGACCUGGAGGGGGUAGUGAGCCCAAAGACCCAAACCAAGAGGCCUGGAAUUCUCAAAAAGCCUAAACUUUCUCCAGCUGCAGGUGGAGAUUCCAAAGUUUUUGUCCCAUCUUCUCCCUCUGAACAACUUUACAAAGGCAGACUCAGCACUUUGUCUUUGUCCCCGUCCUCUCCUCAGGAGAGCAAAGCCAGUCUGACCAUCGUUAAAGCCAGUCCAGACAGCAAGAGGGAGUUCUCUGUGGUCACCAUGCCAGAAGAUGUACCUUCAGCUUCAGGACAAGACCAGACAGGACAGACGACUGAGCCGGGGGUGGAGGGAGGGAGUGGAGGAGGGACUACUGCAGCUGUUCAGGGAGGAGAAGCUUCACGCGAUGAACAGUCCGAGAGGUCUGGACUGACGGGUGGACCGCCACCGGGUCAGGAGAAGGAUGACAUGGUGCAGAUGGAGGACAUUAAAGACUGCAAGGUGACUCAGUCAGCUACAGCAGACAUGGUGGAGGAGGAGGAGGAGGGGGGAAAGGUGGUGAAGACCAAAGAGGACUGAGAGGUUCAAGAGUGGCACUUCUCAGUGGUGGAUAAGGAGGUUUUACAGUCAUUUCAAGAGUUCGGUCUGAUUUAUCUCGGCUCUUCAAUCAUUUCACUACCGAUGGCUUUUAGACUCAGUCAGACCAGCACUCCGGUCUCGUCCCGGAUGGUCACUUCAGGGUUCUGAGAUGAGACCUUAUGACUAAGGUGCUUCACCAGACUCAACUACCAAGAGGCUGUGGUGAUGACUGCUCCACUGCUAGGAGGAGUGCCCAGGGCCAUGAUGCAGCUUGUCUCUCAGUGGUACUGUUUGGUGGAUGAAUGUGCCGGCCCAACUUACUGACUGAAUGAUUGAAAGACCAGAACUGGCUCUUAACAUGCUCUAUCUGACAGGACUGUGACAAAUCUGAACUAUUUGAAGGCAUAUAAAGGUGAGAAAAUACACAAAUUAGCAACUCUGUCACACAAUUGUUGCAAGAAUGUCACACAAACAGCAAAGCUUGUGUUAAAAUUGGAGUUCUCAUUCAUUUCUUGGGACAUUCAUUGGAAUUGACAUGGUAUCUGUGGUUUUCACAAAACUCGCCAGAUAAAAUGAUAUAUUCUACAUGGAUAGAAGUUUUGUUCCUGGAGCAGUUUUGUGAUUAAUACACAAAUAGCAUGUUAGUUUGUGUAUUUACUUGCAAGGUCGUGCAAAGUUGCCACAUCUGCACAUUUGGAGACAUUGGAAAGUCGUGUGCAGACUGGCUGCAGCUCAUUGGGACAGGGGUUUUAAAGUCGUGUUUGGGGCGUUGUACCCGUCCUCUUCGGGUUUUCCACAUCUCCACUCGCUAACCCUCCUUGUGUAUCAGCAGUGUGUGUGUGUUGGCUCAGGCGCAGGGGAGGAGGAGACAUUUGAUCAGAAUUUACAGGCAUGGAAGGGAGCGCUGGUUGGGUUCUUGUUAUGUUUGGGUGGAUUUCCCUUUGUGUGAUGCAUGUCCUCCUGCCGAUUGGCUCUCUGAGUGAUGAGGUAAAAGCUUGGUGUUAGAUUGGAUUGAAACCAAUUUGGUUGCUUUCAAUUUCUCAAAAGGGGCUCUGACAUGAAUUUAUUGAUUUGAUAACUGUCCUCAUGCAGUGGGAGGAUCACGGCUGACAUGUAUUGAUCAGUGAGUCCCAGGAUGUUGUUCCGAUGCAGAGCCGAGUCUUUCCACUUGUCAGUCCUCUGUCUCCAAACACUUUGAAUGUUCCUCUCUUUUCUAAGCGAGGGGCCCGUCCUGGCUCUGAGCCCGGUGUGUAUUUGUGUCUGUGGCCCUGGAGACUCCUUCAUCCUUCAUCAGAGACAGGAGGAGUCUACCAGACGCAGGUCAGAGGUCGCUGUGAUUUCCUGGCCUCGAUGGGAACCCAGCCGGGAGGUCUGCAGUCCCCCGGCUCCUCUCUCUCCUCCCCUUUUCCCAUGAAAUCCCUCCAUCCAUCCUGAACAGACGGUCUCGGUCCGGAGGAGAAAACAUGCUGUGAUGUCGGAUUGGAGUGACCACAUCCACGUUUCCAGUGUUUUUCCAUCACUGCAGAAGCUGCUGCCUCAACGCGGAUGUAUUUAAGCUUUCCAUUGUUCACAUCAGAACUUCUUCAAAGUUGGACAGCAUAAUCCUGUAAAUGAAUAUCCUCAAACUACAACUAUGUAUAGGAAGCCCCGUGUUUUAUUUUGUUACCUUAUGCUCUAUAUUAAGGUACGUUCCAGCCAUAGAGAGUGACGGACAGACUGAAAGGACAGCUUGUCGGACUCCACUGCAAACAGAGGAAUGUGUGAGGUGUCUUAAACACAAAGCUGUCAGUAUUUUCUCCUCUAAUAAACAAGUUUAUGGUUGAAUGCUA